UAUAUAUGUGAAGCAAAACCAACCCAAGUGUAUCAUAUAUCCUCUUACUUCUAAGUUCUCACAUUUCUUUCAAAGUUUCAAACUUGGUAUACAAGAAACUCUUUGUAUUUUCGUUCUUGAUUUCAUAGUAUAAUUUUGAAUUAAUUUUCCAACACAACAUGACUGGCAUUAAAAGAAGCAGAGAAGAGGACAUGCAAGUGGAAGCAGAAGCCAUGGCUAACUGCGCCUUAAUGCUAUUGUCUCGUUUAAACAACAACAACAACGCGACUUCAACAGAUCGAGAUUAUCACAAUGAUUUCGAAUGCAAGACUUGUAAUAAACGCUUUCCAUCUUUCCAAGCUCUUGGCGGCCACCGUGCAAGUCAUAAACGGCCAAAAUUACUCGCCGGAGCCGGAGAGUUUCUUGUGCAAUCCAAAAAGAAUAAAAUGCAUGAAUGUUCUAUUUGUGGUAUGGAGUUCUCUUUGGGUCAAGCUUUAGGUGGACAUAUGAGGCGUCACCGUGAUGAAAUUAAUAAAACGUCGGUGGCAGCCGGAAACACGAUGAUUCCGGUCGCCAGAAAAAAGAUGAUACCGGUUUUGAAGAAGUCAAAUAGCAGCAAGAGAAUUUUUUGCUUGGACUUGAACUUAUCCCCUGAUGAGAAUGUUGAUCUGAAGUUGUGGCCGACGGCGCCGGUUUCAUCUCCGGUUUUGCGAUGGUUUUUUUAAGUCCCUUUCCAUUGUUAUUCUUGUGGAUAUUAAUUAGGAGAAGCUGACAAGCUAUAGUUGUUUUUUUAUUAUUAUUGCUAUAUUCUUUUCGGACACCGAAUUGAAUUCAUUUUUCAUGUAUAUUUACUUGAUUCCAUUGAUUCUUUUACUCGUUCAGAGUAUAUGCUUUUCUUUUCCUUGA